AUGCUAAACGACAUUUUAGUUGAGGUUGCAGAAAAAACCCAGUUACUGGAAUCCCUGAUCAUACCUCAUGAGAGAGCACUCACUGAGUCGGAUUACUCUGAUCAGUUAGAAAACAUAAGGGCUGAAAUCUCAGCGACUCUCAAUAGUUUAAGCAAUCUGAAUGAUUUACUCAUAUCUCAUGAUGGGCCGUUACGAACAGAAAUCUCAUCGUUAAUGGCAAGCAAAUCCAAGUUGAAGAAGAUCAACAUGAAAGAACUUACACUUCUCAACGAACAAGAGACGUUGGAGACUCUUCGUAACGAUUCUUCAAAUUUGGAGUCAUCAAGGCCAGGAUUCACCACGCAGCAGCAGCAAUCUAUUACAAUAGCUUCAUCUUACCGCCAUGAACUUCAGAAAUACCUAGACUUGGUCGAUGUGGAGAAAACCUCGCUCAACACCAACAAACUGGCCGAUAAUUCGAAAAUAUCUAAAGAGGAUGUAGAAAACUCCGAUUUCAAUUUCAAUCUGAAACGUUACGAAAAGCAGCAGUCGAUAUUACAUAGCGCUCUGACAGUCAAUGAGAUAGAGAUAAAGAAAUUAGAAACACUGCUGAAAGAAUUUAGAAAGGAUAAUAACUUCAUCAGAGAUGAAUUAAAGCUGAUAAAUAGUAAUCUUAAAUCACACGAGGAUUUAAUUAGUGAUGAACUAAAGCAAAUCGAUGAAUCCCGUUAUGCUAUUAUGCAAUCAAUUGGCUAUAGUGGCAGGAAUGAACAACAGUCGUCCAUAUUAGAUAGCAUUGUGAAAUUAUCAAUAAAAAAGCCUGAUAUUCGCACACUAAUCCAGGAAAGGAUCGAAGAGUAUUCAAACCUAUUGAAUUUCAUUGAUAUGAAGUUAAAUGGACUAGAUCAAAUGCUACAAGAAUAUAAAUCAAGGAAAUCUGAAUGGGCAGAAAAAAGUAUCCUUUGGAGCCAAUGUCUUGCGCUAAUAUCAGAAUUGGAGGUUACAGUUAGGGAUCAAUUAUCUUCAGCACAUACUGUAGGCUCAGAAAUUAGUCCUGACCAAAUUAAAGCACAAAUAAAAAAAUUCUUAACCAAGCUUAACAAAUUAUUAGACGAAUCCGAUUUAGAGGAUGUUGUAUAUUCCCUGGUUAGAAAUGAAGUUAACAGUUUGAAUGUGGCCCUUGAUGAAAUGAAUCAAAUGCCUCAAAUCAAAAAUGAUAUCUCUGAUAGAGAAAGCAUUCAUAAUCCCUCAUUCAAACUAAUCAGCAAAUCACCACCCAAAACUGGAUUUAGCAGCGAGAAUGUAAGUUAUAAGCUGAACAACACAAAUAUAAAGAAAGAUUAA